AUGGUAGACUCUCCAAAAGGCAAGCAGCCUCAAACUGAAGCGCCGGAAGCUUCUGCGAGCUCGGAACGGGCAGCACGCGAAGUGGGCCGGCCGCGCGACGAAAAUUCGCCCUUGUUGGAUCCUCGGAACAACUAUCUUGACCCAGAUGAUCCGCAGGUAUCGCCGUUGAGAUUGACCCGGAUCCGGCUUUUGCGCCAGUUGUUGGUUCUUGUGUUGAUGUUCAACCUGGCCCUCUUCCUCGUCAUUCUCGUGUCGCAGUUCAUUUCGAUCCCGGGCUUGGGCACGCAGGCGGCGCUGUUCUUGGAACUCAACCUCAUCCUAUUGUGUAUCUUGACGGGCCUGGUCACCAUCUGGUGCUUUGCGGUGCCUAGUUACUAUGAGCGCGUAUUGGGCUACGUCUCUGGUGCACUCAUUGUAUUGGAUGCCAUUGUGGUCCUUUGCGUGCCUCUCUUGCGCCGCCUGUUGGGUCUCUUUGGCAUGUUGUUGGUGAUUUGGACCGCAAUUAAUAUCGUGUUCAAUUGUUUGGCCGAUUAUUUGGUCGAAAAGAGUAAAGCGGCGCAGGAAAUCAAGUACACUGGCCGUGUUGAGACCAGAAAAACGGUCUUUGAGAUGUUUGUCACUCUUUUCAAGGUUUUGGUGAAGUUUAUCUUGCUCCUCGCCAUUUGGAACAUCAGUUUGUCCAUUUGGCUUGAUGCUUUUGACUCUCACGAAAAGCCUUGGGGUAAGCUCAUUCCAGUCAAUGACAAUCAAUUCCAGGUGCACUUGGCCUGUUAUGGCAAUGUGCACGCAAACUCCACUGUUCUUGGCGACAAGAAACCCGGUGAUGAUGAGCCCAAACAGCCGAUUGUGUUGGUCGAGGGUGGGCAGUUGUCCUCGGCAGAGCUGUUCCAGGAAUGGAUCCAGGAGUUGUACAACAUGAACAAAAUCGAGCGGUACUGUGUUUGGGACCGUCCAGGCUACGCUUUUUCUGAAGGUGCCCCUUCUCCUGUCUCACUUGGUUUGGUGACCGAGUAUUUGAUGGAGGCCUUGGCUAAGGAAAACAUUGAAGGCCCAUUCAGUGCGGUGGGAUUUGACAUUGGUGGAUUGUAUUCGAGGGUUUUUGCGCUGAGAAACCCGGGACAGAUGCACUCUGUGCUUUUGGUCGACAGCUGGCAUGAGGACCUUUUGAAGCAUUUCCCAUUCAGUGGCCCCAACAAGAAGAACGAGAAGCGGAGUGUAUUCCGCCACGACUUGGAGCUCAUGGACUCCUUGCAAGGAUUCUUGUUGUGGCUCCGCGGCCUCGUCUCGCCAUUGGGAGUCACCAGAAGCUUCCAUUGGUUCUUCCACCCACAGCGCUUCCUGUCGAAGAGCCGUAUUUUCGGGUCCGAUAUGGUCCACAGCCCCAAGUACUUGCGGGCGCGGUUGCAGGAGCAGAUCACGGCGUCGAUUUUGUCGUACAACGAGGUCCGGACGGCCGACAUCAAGAAGAUUCCGUUGGCCGUGAUUCUGUCCGAUGUGAUGAUCAAGCAGUCCCUCAACUGGGGCAAGUGGCAGCGCGAAUUGACGAAGCUCAGCUCGAGACCCUUGGAAUGGGUUGUUGCCGAGAACGCCAACCAUCGGAUUUGGGAUAGUCCCAAGGGACGCAAGGAGUUGCAGCAGCUUCUUUUGCGUCUUGUGAGCGAAAAGAGCAACUAUUAG